UCUCUCCUCCCAUCACCACCUCCAUCCACCAUCGCCCCUUCUCUCUUCCCAUCACCACCUCCAUCCACCAUUGCCCCCCCUACACCAUCAUCCCAUCUCUCCUCCCAUCACCAUCUCCCUAUACCAUCAUCCCAUCUCUCCGCCCAUCACCACCUCCCUCUACCGGCAUGUGUGUGUGUGUGUGUGUGUGUGUGUGUGUGUGUGAGGAGAGAGAGAGAGAGAGGGAGAGAGAGAGAACCUCGCUGCCCCCCCUGCAUCAUCAUUUCCCUCCACCAUUACCUCCAUUUCCGCUGCUCUACGACCUUUUUCUCCACAUCGUUCUUCUUCUUCUUCUUCUUCUUCUUCUUCUUCUUCUUCUGCCCGGACGACAUGUCUUCCUCAUGUGGGCCGUCGAACAGCAACGAUGCAGGUUGCAGCGAGGCAGGUGGUGGCAGCAAGGGCAAAGGCGAGAGGAAGCCCAAGGGCAAGGUGAAGGUCAGCCAUGAGAAACCGCCAUUCGACCCUGCAUCAAAUUCAAAGCAGAUGGAGUUGGAGAAGAUAAAACCAGCGUAUAGAUGGGUUCUGCGCAGACAGGAGGCGGAACCCAAAGGUUAUGCGAACUGUUGGCACAAGUGCAAGUCGUGUGGCAGGGUGUGGACUGCAUCUUACACACGUGUCGUCGAACAUUUCACGGCGAAAAGGGAACCGUGUGCGAAGAGGACCGGGGAGAUCCUGCAUAUCCUCGCCAGCAAGGGGGCGAAGAUCGAUUGCCCCAUCACACGAAGAAUGAUACAGCUAUACCGAUUGGAAAACAACAUUGCUGACGGAGCAGAUCCACAACCGGUGUUAGAGCACGUCCACAAGGACAAUUUGGCAAAGUUUAUGUUGCCUCCGACUGCCCCCGGUAGAGAGGCCGUCGGCGAGAGUCGGGACGGUCUGGGCAUGGUGACGGAUGACGGACACGUCAGGCGAGAGAGAGCGGAAGACCCGUCAGGCAGCGAAUCAGCGACCCAAAGGCCAUCCGCGAACUUGAAGCAAGCCUCUAUCAGACGUUGGACUGAGAACUCAUCGCAGCAGCGCUUGGACAUUGCUUGGGGGUUCCACUUGUACGAGCAUGGGACUCCAUUCAACUACGUCACGGGGGAGAAAACACAGGAGCUGCAUAAACUGUACUUGGAGCUAGGGGAAAAGAAACAGAGAGUGAAGAUGCCCAAUAGAAUGCAAAUGGCGACGGUGGUCCUCGACGUCGCGUACGACCAGACGCGAGAGGCGAUGAGGCCGGUUAUGGAGACAUGGGAUAUCACCGGGUGCACGCUCAUCACGGAUGGGUGCACGGAUCGCAAGUUCCGGCCCAUCAUGAACUUCAUUAUUGUUGGCGGGGCCGGAGCAGUAUUGCUGAAGGUUGUCGAUAUGUUGAAGAGGAAGAAGAUGGCGAUUCCAUUGGCGAAAUUGUGGGAGGGUGUGAUCCGCGAGAUUGGAGUGCACAGAGUGAACGCUUUGUGCACGGACAACGCGGAGGUCAACAAACACGCGGCCAGAUUGUUGAGGCGGCGAACAGAUCGAAGCAUUUCACGGAUUCCAUGGGUUCCAUGCGCCGCACAUUGCUUGAACUUGCUUCUUAAGGGGAUCAGCGACGAGCCAUGGAUGUAUGACCUCUACAAGAGGGGCAAGACGAUUGUGAAGUGUAUCCGGAAUCAUCACAAGACGGCGCAGUUGUUCCUUGACUGCUCGGAGAUGGAGAGGACCAGGACACUCAUCAUGCCCACGGAGGUGCGCUUCGCCUCGGUGUACAUGAUGUUGGAGAGGCUGUUAGACAGGAAGAAGGUCUUGAAGGCAAUGAUGGUAGGAGGGUGGUUGGACGUGAAGUGGGCUUCGAGAAAGAAGCGCACCACCGCUAACACAGUCUCCAUGACUGUCCGCUCUGAUGAUUGGUGGAGGGAGGUGGAGGCAGCAGUGAAUGUGAUGUCCCCAGUCUAUGAUCUCUUGCGAAAGAUGGACAAGAGCGGCACUGCCCCAUAUUCACUGUGGGGCUUUGAGGAGGCAUUGAUAAAGAAGAUGACCUCCAUUCCCAGCUUGACACCUGCGCGGCGGGAGUCCAUCGCGAAGAAGGUGGGGAGGCGCUGCAAAAUGAUGCGCCAGCCGGUGCACGCAGCGAACUUCCUCUUCAAUCCGUCGAAGAGGGACCCUCGUUGGAUGAACGGCCCCAAGUCCCUGCUUUUGCAAAAUGCCAUGAUCUUUCUGCUGUCACAAUGCGAAGACGGGGCGACAUGGGGUUGCAAGGAGCAUCUCGACCUAUGGGAUGACUUGAAGACAUUCCACAAAGAGCCACAGGGCAACUCGAGUCUGCCCCUUGAGAAGCAAGACAGUUUCUGGACUGAUUUCGCUAAGUUUGACUCCAACCUCGACAAGCGCACCGCAUCAGAUUGCUGGGGAUGCCAUGGGAAGAGUCACGAGAAACUGCAGCGCAUUGCUGCGCGUGUGACCGCGAUGUGGAGCACGGCGACACCAUGCGAGCACAACUGGUCGACGCUGGACCUCAUCCAUGAGAAGAGAAACCAGCUGUCAAGUGAAGAAGAGGAAGGCGGGGGCUUCAUCGACAUGUGGGCCGAUUUCUUCGGUGCAGAUGCACCUCCACCAAUUGCAGAUCCUGAUAUUCUUCCCGACGACAUGCAGCCAACAGCGGACGAGGUGGCUCGGAGGGAUCGUCUGAGGAAAGCUCCUCAUGGGAGGAUUCCGAAGGUCGGGAGGUUGGACGACUCCAGCGCUAGCGACAGCAGCGAUGAUGGCGAGGAUUUGGUUUGGAAGGGGAAGGGGAAGAAAAGUAAAGAGGAGUCUUUGGCAGCUCCGGCCUAUGCGAAGGGUGAAGCGCUGGUGGAAGCAGAAGAGUAUGGAGAGGACGAAGAAGAGGAGGAUCGGGAUGAGGACAUGGAUUUCGGUCUGCGCUCGGAUGUGGCAGCUCCGGCCAAUGCGAAGGGUAAAGCGCUGGUGGAAGCAGAAGAGUAUGGAGAGGACGAAGAAGAGGAGGAGGAUCGGGAUGAGGACAUGCAUUUCCGUCUGCGCUCGGAUGUGGAGCCAGAUGACGACUUCGAUGACGACGACGACGAGGACGCUGACGCUCUGACAAUGAGACCGGAAACAGGUCACUUUGAUAGUGACCUCGAGUUCUUGGUACCUCGAAAUAGAGACAGAGAACUUCCCGCACACGAUAACGACGAGGCGGAUAGAGCGAUGGCACAAGCACUUGCGAAGAGAGAUCGCGUCAUGGUCAAUCAGCGUAUCGAGGAGGAUGCAGCGAGACGUGUAGCUGUUCCCCGACGGACUGAGAGAAAGGAACGGAGGAAGUCGGGGGCGGAUCAGGAGGGGGAGGAUGCGGGGCAGCAGUCGGAGUUGCGCCCAUUGUGGCCGACAGCCAACACACUGAAACGGCAGCGACAGCAAGUGCAUGUGGAGACCACCCAACAGAGGACUUGCCCCACACACACAUUCAUUCAACCGAACCGCUGGAGGAAGAAGACAAGGACCGCCGUGAUGAAGGGAGCAGGCCAGAUGUGGCUGUUGUCUACAAAAGGGGACCAAAUGCAAGCACUUCAGCCCCCCCUCCCGUUGUGCCUUCUCAACAGUCCCAGCCGGACUUCCCACCGUUGAUUGACGACCUGCAACACGACAACCUCGACAAGAGCACAGUGGGUAGGAAGAGGAAGGUGGUAGAAGAGACCGCAACAACCGCUGGACCGAAGAGAGGUCGGGGAAAACCUCGAAAAGCUCGACCUGAGACAGUCUAUCCACCGGCCGGACUGCCUCCCCGAAGAACACAGCGACAGCGGAAGUCAAAGAAGACACGAAAUGUGAUUGAAGAUGAUGACGACGACGAGGCUUCGGGGGACGACAGCAAUGAUGGCGACGCUGCCUGUGACUCCGAAAACAAAUGGAGUUAGUAGCU